AAGAUGACGAAAAGUCAUGUACAUCGGAAUAAACCAUCACCUCACAUCUCACCGCACUUACUUCUUAAUUAAUUCGCACGGCCCGUACCCUAUAACACCAUUGCCUGAGCCUCCGUUUCACUUACCAUUUUAAACUUUAAAAUCUAUUUCCAAAGCAUUAGCUCCAAUUCCCUAAGUACUGGGCCUAAGCUUUGCUCACUAAAUAAUCAAUUAAAGGACCUCUGAGCCACAGGGUUUGCAGGUGCAGGUGCAGGUGCAGUAGUAUUGCAGGCGUCAACUGAUCCUUAAACCUACUUUCCCUUCCCUUGGCGAUGGCCACCCAGGAGCACCAUUCCCACCCAAGUAGGCUCACCCACUUCGAGCUCGACGCACCCGCUUCCAAGGUCCCUCGCACCAACUGUGGAGGAGAAGAGGAGACUGUUAGGCUGGGGCAUGGGCUUGGGCUUGGGCUUGGGCUUGGACUUGGAACAGGUCGGUAUUGCUUCACGUUUUUGCAGCUUCAGGAGCUGGAGCAGCAGGCCCUCAUAUUCAAGUAUAUGAACGCCGGGUUACCAGUUCCUCUUCAGCUUGUUUUCCCCAUCUGGAAGAGCAUCGUGGGUUCACCAAAAGCAAUUUAUUGUCCCCCCAUCUUUGGUGGUGGGCUGUGCUUUGAGUAUCGUAAUAGGAUGAACCCAGAGCCCGAACCUGGGCGGUGCAGGCGCACAGACGGCAAGAAGUGGCGGUGCUCCCGCGAUGUGGUCCCGGACCACAAGUACUGCGACCGCCACAUUCACAGAGGACGUUCAAGAAAGCCUGUGGAACACCAAACCAUCAACAAUACCCUAACCCUAAGCACCCAGGAAGGAACCCAGUUCCAGGCCCAGAGUCAGCCCACUGAACCCAUGAAGGGCUCGGGCCAUCGCCUCUCUUUCUCUUUUGGUCCUGUGGCCCCUACUGGAACUCAGGCGGUGUCAGAAAACAGCAAUGGUGGCGCCAGCAAGGUCGAUUCAUGUGGCAUUUAGCUUGGUUUUAGAGAGAGAGAUUGGGAUUGAGUUUCUUGUUCUUGACAGGGAUGUUAUACCCAAAAAGAAUGUGUAUGUUAUAAUAUGUCCUUCAUCUUUUUCUCCUCUUGUGAAAGUGAAGAAAGUGGAAUUUCCUAUGGAAAUGGUAUCAUGAAUUGUGUUGGUUUAUUAUGAA